AUGUCGAGGCCCGAGCUUCUAACACAGAUCUCGACCGAUUAUGGCACAGCGCCUGCCUGGCUGGAUGAGAAAGUGCUGCUGUGCCUGCUAAAACAGGAGUUUCCUUCAUUUCAAAGUAUUGAGAACACUCGCAUCAGAACGGAGCCGAACUCUCUUCGAGUGCAGAUCCAAGCCAAAUUAGCGGAGAACGCUUCCCGCACAAUCAACUUUGUGGUGAAGUCACAGGAAUUGAGCAAAGUUACGCGCCUGAGGUUUCCCCAAGCCAGCUUGGGGAACUUUCAGAUGGAGCAGCACAUGUAUAAAGUGGUGAUUCCAGCACUAGAAACACUCUACAAGGAUGCGAAUAGAAGUAUAUCGUUUAGUCCGACCAGCUACAAGCCCAAAACGUUACCAACCCCAAAGGAGUCCAGUUGUCUUUAUCUGGAAGAUCUUCAAGCCAAGGGUUUUCGAGUUGUCAAUCAGUUAAAGGGCCUAGACCAAGUUUCGAUGGAGGUGAUGCUUUCCAAAUUGGCUGCUUAUCAUGCGGCUACAGCACGUUAUCUGCAACUAAAUCCGCAUCAGCUAAAGGAGCUAUCAAAGUUGGAAUCCAAUAAGGAACCAGCACAAGAUAUACAAAAUCUUAAAAUCUGGCUACAACGCAAAUUUCACGAGAGCUUGCGGGCAAAUGAUUUAAGGGAAUAUGAGGAUAAGGUGAAAUCCUUUCAACGACAUAUAGCUGAAGAUAUAGAUUCGCCAGAUCUGAAGAAAUCAUUUAAUGUCAUAUUGACUGGCGCUUGUUGGUCCAAUAAUUUACUUGGACAAUUUGAUGCCUUUGGUCAGCUUAAAGAUGUGGCUUUCUAUCAAUUCGGUAGUGUUACUUAUGGACCUGUUGUACAGGAUCUGCUGCAGCUCCUUUUGACCGCCCCUGCACAGAAAACUGAACAAUUUGAUGCAUGCUUGCGAUAUUACCGAGAUGAACUAGCGGCAAAUCUGAAACUGCUAAAGUUCGAAGGAAAAUUGCCGACAUUAACAGACAUUCAGCUGGAUUUACUAGAUUAUGGACAUUGCGCCUUUGAGGUCAUAACGGAAAUCCUACCGAUUGUGUUGACCGACUUUGGCUGUGAGGAUAUCGACGAAAUGUUUAAGCUUUCAAAAUAUUCGGAAGAAAUUAAAAUCCUACUGCCCUGGCUGGAGAAUCGCGGCUACUUUGAGGCGUAAUGACAAGAAUUAACUUAAUGAUAAUGUACAAUGUCGUCUUUUAAAAACAUUCCAAAUAUUACCAACAACCACCUGACAAUCCAGUAAAAUUGUUCCGGACUCUCUACCACCUUACAGCAUUAUUAUGGCUAGAUUUACGUGCGAAAAUGUGCAGCUGCUGCAGCACAUGUUGAUGCCACAAUGAAGUCACAUUAGAUACUAGAACACAGAGGAACCCAGAAAAAAAAACCAAAACCAAAAACGAUUAUACAA